CUGUGAAAUGUGACGAUCGGGUUUGGGAUUGUUUUGCCCCUGACGGGAGCUGGUCGGCUCAGAGAAGAUUCUGCCUGGUGUCACGUUAAAGUGUAGAUUUUCUAGUUUUAUUUGAUACCAAAUAUGUGGCGGUGGAUUAGACGGAUCUCGCAUUGUGUUGCGUUUUGUGUAGAGAGGUGCGGGUGAGGGGGGCGUGUCGAGUUGUUUGUUGCAUCUGGAUUUUAAAGUUGUUAUAAAACACACACUCGGUCGUCGAAGUGCAGCUGGAGCGUUCAGUUAGUGAGAUUAAGGCUUCUGGUUUGAAACACGAUUGAAAGAAGUCAUCUUCACAGCAUUUUAGUGACUGUUUACACAUGUUGACUGGAGCAUACAGCUGUCGGACCGGUACCGGGUCUGAAGCAGUCAUUUGGGCCAAAACAAGAGUGACAAUACUUCACCACAGGGCAACACGAGCCCCGUGAAGCCCGAAUUGCAUUGAGACAAAGGGCUGCUGAUGGCUUGUGAUGGGGGCGGUUCCCAGGUGCAUCUCAAUGGCAGAGGUGUGGUUAAAUGCGGCUGCUUUCUCUGGCUUGGUCAUUCUCUCCUGAGGAAACAGAGGACACUGCUGGACAUCCCUGCCUUCUUUUCCCAUUUCUUUCAACUCACUCAAGACUUUUUAUUUCUCACCAUGGCUCAAGACAAAAAGGAUCGUCGCUGGCUGUACUGCCUCCAGUGCCUCAAGCCAAGCCAGACCCUCUCAACACAUCUUGCCAGGGUCUGCAUGAAGGGCAGCACCCCAGCAGAGCGGCAGCAGGAGCUGGAGAGGGCCAAAGACUCCACCAGGUCCUGGACUCAUGAGGGGAGGCUGUGGGACUACACCCGGAUCAGCCAGCUGGUGCCUCACGCUCCUUCCAGACAGGCUCUGGUGAAAGAGCUGCAGAGGAGAGGGUUCUUUAUCCUCAACGCCCCCAUGGACGUGGACCUGGAGGAGUUUGAGGCCCGAAGCUCUGAGCAGCCCUCUGCCACUGCAGGCCCAGUUCCUCCUGCAGCAGAGCAGGCAGGUGAAGGCAGCCCCGCCCACACCUCUGAGGAAGAGGGCAGCGGCUCCGAUGACCCCACCUGGCAACAGGCCACCCCCAACUUCUCCACCUCCGUGAGAGUCCGGAUGCAGGAGGAGAACUUGUACGCCAAGUUCCCCCCUGAGACAACAGAGCUGAAGAAGUUCAAGAACCAUUUGGUGUCUGUGCUUGAGACUCCCAACUACCAACAGGAGGUAGACAACGUGUCCCGGGUCCUGCGUUACCUGCAGCCGACGGGAGACCAGGUGUCGCUGGACUUCCUGGACAGCACAGCGCCGGUGGGCGACUUCUUUGCUGCCCUGAAGAGAGUGGGACAGACUGCAGCCACCAGGUUCAACUAUAUAAAGAGCCUGGUGAAGUUCAUCCGGUACCUACAGCUGGAGCACGGUGGCACGGACCCUGCCUUCUUCCACAAGUGCACGAAUUUCAUGGACUUUCUGAGUGUUCUUCGAAAGUCAAUUUCAGAGACACACAGCAAGGACCGUAAAAGGCAUGAGUACUUUGUCGGGGCCAAGACGGGUGUGCACGAGUGCCAGAAAGUCCUCCGAGUGGCCAAGAAGGACGCGCUCGGCGUUUAUGAACGCCUGCUGCGCAGCGAGCCGGUUUCCGAGGAGGAGAAGACGCGGUACAAAUAUUACUGUGAGGCUGUUCUCCUCCUGGGUCACUUCCAGAGGCCUGGAGCCGUGGAGGGACUGACAGUCACAGAAUGGCUGGCCAAGCAGGACUGCGGCGGCCGGGUCGUCGUGGCUGUCAAGUCCCACAAGACAGCCAACAGGCCGCUGGCUCUGUUUGCCCUGACCCAGGAGGAAGCUGCUCUCAUCCAGCAGUACUUCCUGUGUGUCAGGCCUGACUACAUCAAGGCAGAAGCCGAUGACGAGGAUGAGGACGAGGACGAGGCUCAUCACCGCCUGUUUCUGUCCACCAACGGGAAACCAGUAAGGAGCGCCACCACCGACCUCCAGCGCCUGCAUCAACAUUACGAGUUGCCCAGCGUCAGCAGCCAGGAGGUCCGCCGUGCCGUCGAGACUGCUGCCAACAGCACGUUCUCAGAUGAGCAGAAGACCGGGCUGGCCUACUAUCUGGCCCGCAUGGACAAGGCGCCUAAUGAGCAUCACCACACGUGGGAGCCGGGGAGGAUCGUGGAGACGGCCAACUUGGUGCGCCUCCUCACAAACGGGUCUGAUGACUCUGACCACCAGCCACAAGCUGGCUCCAGAAGAGGACGAGAGGCCUCCCACGAGGAUUACAACAAGUUUCAGGAGUUGUUCCCGGUCACCCUGGACGGACAGCCUCCAAACAAAGUCCAGAGGACGUCUGCCGGCUUCAGUGCUGACUGGGUCCUGUACGACAAGAGCCGAGCAGUACAAGAUGAGAGAGCAGCAUCUCCUCACAAAGUGGUCCAGACGGCCCCCGACAGUGCAGAGCAUUGAGGAAACGAUUCAGCGGGAGCAGUGGCAUUCCAACUGUCCAUCUGCUGAAGCUGUUGCCUCAAAGUGGACUCCGCUGAAGAAGGAUGAGGUUGAGACCAACGCGGCCCUCAUCAAGCUGGUCCAGAAGCAGAAAUGGAAGCAUCUGGCUGUGGUGGAACCAUCGCCGAAGGCUGGCGAGGGAAAAGGAGUGGUAACCACCAAAUCUUUUCCCAAGGGCGCCAUCCUGUGCGACUACCACGGAGAGCUGAUCUCUGGUGCAGAGGGCAGGAAGAGGAUGGUCAGCAGGAGCAAUCCGAUGGGCUACUCCUUCUUCUUUAAGGCUGGUGACGAGGAUCUUUGUGUGGACGCUCACGAUGCCCCUGCACCUGUCACCCGGACACAGAGACCUUCGGCAGGCUCAUCAACCAUUCAAUGAAGAAGCCGAACGCCAGGCCCGUCGCCUGCCUGCUGAAGCUGCCAGAGGGUCCGAAACCCGUCCUUCUCUUCAGGGCCAUGAGGGACAUUAAUGUAAACGAGGAACUGCUGUUUGAUUAUGGCGUGAGGAGGAAGUCUUUUGCUGGUGAGGGAGCUAAUCUCACCUGGUUGGAGGACUGACGACCCUGAGUCCAACAUCACUGCAAAGUAUGAUGGGAAGUAUGUCUGUAUGGGUCCCGUCCAGGGAGACGUGCAGAUGUG